GAGUCCACGGACCCCCGGUACCUCCUUCUGCCCUAACACUGGGGCUUUGAGGCGGUGCCGUGGAGGUGGUGGCAGCGGCUGGGUGCUGCCGACAGGAAGAGCCUCAGUCGGCCGAGAGAGGGGCCCUGCCUCCCCCGCCGCUGGGCCUGCGGGGGCACGGUGGCCGCAAGCAUGGCCCUAGAGCUUCCACUGCUCCUGGCGCCCCUCACGGUGGCCUGCACCCUGCUCAGCGUCCUGGCCACGCAAGAGAUGCGGCAGGCCCCCCCGUACGCGAUCGCCCCCGAGGGCGGCUCCGUCCACAUCACCUGCUGCAGCAACGGGACCCUGCUGGGGGUCUACCUGAAGCAGAGGUGGCCGAAGCCGAGCAACGUGAUCUACUAUGAAGACAACAAGGAGCCCACGGUGGAUGAGAAGUUCCGGGGCCGCAUUGUCUUCUCGGGGCAGCAGCACAACCUGACGGUGACCAUGCACCACCUGCGGCCAGCCGACACCGGGGCUUAUGCCUGCCAGGCAGUCAUGAAGGACGAGGUCUGGGGCCCUGGCACCUUGGUUGUGGUGACAGACAAACUGUCCAAAGCAGGGGACACAAGCCAGGAGGCUUGGCCGAUGCACUUUUCCUUCCCCGUGGCCCUGGCCGUCAGCGGCUUCGUCAUCGGGCUGGGGCUGGGGGCAGCGUGCGUGCUGAGGAGGGCACAGAUCAAGAAGCUCUGCUGCCUGAAGGAUGAGAACUCAGCGUGCGUGGUGUACGAGGACAUGUCCUACAGCGGCCGAAACACCAUGUCCACCCCCAACGUGUACCUGUGAGCCUGGCAGGCCCCCCAGGCCCCCCUUCAGCUAGGUGUGGCUCGCCGAGGGCCGCCUGACCCGGCGAGGUCGCACAGGCAGCUCUCUGCAGCCAUCAGGCUCCUGGCGCCUCCUCCAGGAAGCCUUCCUUGCCUACCUCCUGCCUUCCAGGCUGCUCUGCUCUGCUGGUUCCGCCACCGUGGAGCCCCCGGGAGGAAGCCUCUCUGUCCUGCUGCUUGCUGCCCUUCCCCUCGCACGGCAGGGGGCUCCUCUGCAGGAUAGACUUGGACCCCGGGCCUGGGAGGGGUCAAGAGGGGUGGAGGGGAGACGCAGCCCCCAACCCAGGCUUGCCAGAAAUAAAGCACUUCUCUUCUCCCCUUUCCGA